AUGCCUCCCCCUCACAACGGCAACGAACGUCUCCCCUUUGCACAACUCGUGCAAUUGGAAAAAAUCGAUUCGAAUACUUUUCAAUCUGUUGCUUUGCCUUUUACUCCGAGGGGGAGACCUCGAGAUGGAGAUGGGAAGAAUGAUGGGACUGAUGGGGUGGCGUAUGGAGGACAUGUUUUUAUGCAGGCGGCUUGGGCGGCUUGUCGGACUGUUCCUGGUGGAGAUGGAGAUGGAAAUGGAGAUGGAAGAAGGGGGUUUUUGUUGAGUAACGUCUCUGGAAACUUCCUCGCCCCGGGAAUUCCCACCAUCAAGUACACCUAUCACGUCGUACGCAUCCGCGACGGCCGCACAUCCUGCACACGCAUCGUCAAUGUCUCGCAACGGCAAGGCAAAGGGUACAUGUUUACAUGUAUUUGCUCCUUCAAACUCGCAGAGGCCGAGAGUCUGGACGUGCAAGCUCCCAUUGACAUUUGGGAGAAAUACAAACUGGGUCGGAGUACUCGAGUAAGAGGUUUUCCGGAAGCUCCGGGGUAUGAUGUGCCGUGGUACUGGCGGGAGACGAAGGAGCAGAAGAAAGAAAACGAUGUCUUUCCGGGACUGUGGACGAGACAGGCGGAUUUGACGAGGUAUAAUGAGGGGAGACAUCCGCUGGAUAAGAGGCAGUUGGUGUUUUAUCGGACGAUUGGCGAUUUACCCGAUGAUGAUGAGAAUGGGAAUCUCCAUCUAGUGGCGCACUUGUACGCGAGUGAUCGGAAUAGUCUCUUUCAUGUGGCGAAUGCUGUGGGACUGGGUGAGGAUUAUUCUGUGAUGGGCAGUCUGGUGCAUCAGGUGAUAUUCCAUACGGGUGUAGAGGAUCUGAAAUUCGCAAAGGAUCGGGGAGAUGAUGAUGAUGAUGAGAGUGCGGAGUGGUUUGUGAAGGAGGAUGCGGUGACGAGAUAUGUGGCGGGAAGAGGGCUGUUUUACAGUCGAGUGUGGAAUUCCAAGGGGAAACAUGUCAUGACUGUCACCCAGGACGGUAUGGUGAGAAUACAGCCUGAGAAGGAGAAGAGUGUGGAAGGUAUUGAAAGCAGUUGGAAGGGAGCAGUGCUACAGGAAAUGGCGGAUAUCAAGAGGCGGCAAGAGAAGCUGUGAGAGGGACACGAUGUGUUUGCUGGACUAAGCAGAUCGAGGCUACACGCCUCGUCACUGUGCCAUCCAAGAUCCAGGCCGUGGUGCUGUCAGGAGCAUCAUCAGCUGUGGCCACCAAUCUCGACAGAAGAAGAAUACAAGCAAGAGAUGUGGAGUCCUCGAGCGAUAGUACCUCAGGCACCACGAGACAAGAUAUACGAGUACUUCCCUUCGACAGCCAUGGCACGAAGCGCCAGGAACGUUUGAGCACACCCACCCUUCGCCGAGAUAUUUCUCUCCCCAUAUCAGUCCUCUCCAUGAGGACCGAAUGAAUAAGCCUCUCGAUUGGCGCAAGCAAGAUUGACUCGCAAGGCAGAUAUAUCUCAGGAGAACGAACGCACGCAUCGUCACCAUUUCUACGUCCACCAGUGAGUUCACAUCUCAUCCCGAUAGAUACUGCUAUAGUGCAUCGUCUCACAGUCGAAAGCUUCACAUGGACAUGA